AUGUCGACCCUUUCGAGAACUUUUGGCUAUUUGCGCCGCAUUGGUUUCAAGGAAUACUGGCAUCAACUCAACGUAUGCCCUCUUGCCGAAGAUGCUCACUCGGCCUGUGGUGACACCAAGGCCGGUACCCUGAUCGGCACCGACAGGUUCGGUAACAAGUACUACGAGAACAUGGCCGAGGAGCUUCCGCUCCGAACGCGAUGGGUUGAUUACAAGAAGCACGAUUACGACGCCGCACAUAUCGAGCCGCACUGGCACGCCUGGCUGUCGUACAUGGUCGACACGCCCGCCACUCAGGACCCCCUGACCAAGAUCAACCGGCCAUGGGCGCCCAAGGAGCACGUGGGGAACUUGACGGCCACGAGGGGUGCCUACAAGCCAUACAGCACGACGGUGUCCAAGCUCAAGGCUUGGGAGCCAAGGGCUGUUGCCAGGUCUUGA